AUGCUGCCCUCGCAGGAGGCCUCCAAGCUCUACCACGAGCACUACAUGCGGAACUCGCGGGCCAUCGGCGUGCUAUGGGCCAUCUUCACCAUCUGCUUCGCCAUCAUCAACGUGGUGGUCUUCAUCCAGCCCUACUGGGUGGGCGACAGCGUGAGCACCCCCAAACCUGGCUACUUCGGCCUCUUCCACUACUGUGUGGGCAGCGGGCUGGCGGGCCGAGAGCUCACCUGCCGUGGCUCGUUCACCGACUUCAGCACCAUCCCGUCCGGCGCCUUCAAGGCGGCCGCCUUCUUCGUGCUGCUCUCCAUGGUGCUGAUCCUCGGCUGCAUCACCUGCUUUGCGCUUUUCUUCUUCUGCAACACGGCCACGGUCUACAAGAUCUGCGCCUGGAUGCAGCUCUUGGCAGCUCUGUGCCUCGUGUUGGGCUGCAUGAUCUUCCCCGACGGCUGGGACGCCGAGACGAUCCGGGACAUGUGCGGGGCCAAGACUGGGAAGUACUCCCUGGGGGACUGUUCGGUGCGCUGGGCGUACAUCCUGGCCAUCAUCGGCAUCCUCAACGCCCUCAUCCUCUCCUUCCUUGCCUUCGUGCUGGGGAACCGGCAAACCGACCUGCUGCAGGAAGAGCUCAAGCAGGAGAACAAAGAUUUUGUGGGCUCUACAGUAAGCUCUGUGUUGCGGCCAGGGGGUGAUGUCUCCGGAUGGGGAGUCCUCCCGUGUCCUGUUGCUCACACACAGGGACCCUGA